UUCAGACUUUGAACUACUUAGGAAAGACGUACAGGGAACUUGAAGCUUUCAGUCGCUAAAGGAGAACUAACGGGCUGAGGGUACACACACACAUUUCAGUUUUCAAAGAGGUGGGGUAACCCCCCCAACCCCUCUGUGGCAUCUCUCACUAUGUCCCUCAUACCAGUACUGUCCAAGCGCCCAGGGCCCUGGUGGACUAGAAGAAUCCACACCCUCCAUGGCGGUCCUGUGGUUGUGCAGAGCGCCUCUAAAAUGACCACCAAGUCGGCAUCAGAGUUGGCUCUGCCCUCUCCAAUAAUAAUGCGUAGGCCUGCUGCUCCUGCGCUUCAAAGCCUCGCCAAGCUCCUCGGCGUUCCACAGAAGAAGCCAGAUCAGGAGGUUGUCCAGGUGCCUAUAAAGAGGCUUUUGCCAGCUGGCUGGCCGGUGGAAGUCCCAGGACGCUUUCUCCACCUUGGGCCGAGAGCGUUUGGUGAUGGGGUCAGCGCUCGGGGGCUGCGGGCCUUCUCCUCGUCUGCAAGGCUGCGUGCAACUCCUCCAGGGUGCACCUGCGGGGAGCUGAAUGCAACCCGAGACGGCCAGAGCAAUAAAUGCCCAGUCCAUGACUCAGGAAGAGCUUUACCUGCUGGCCUGGAGGAGGCUCAGCUUGCUAUGGGUGUGUGGACGGUUGGAUUGGGAGCAAUAGGUGCAGCCGUUAUCGGAAUCAUCCUCGCCAACACUGACCUUCUGGUGGCCAACACUCCGAUGGCUUCUCUGGAGUACCUGGAGGAUGCCGAUCUGAAGAGCACCACAGAUGUCUUGUCUAAUUGGGAAGUGUUGUCUCUGUCAGACUCUCCAAGCUUCAAGGCUAAAACUCUGUGGGAGAAGUCUGGUGCGGUGGUUAUGGCUGUUCGACGACCUGGAUGAUUUUUGUGCAGAGAGGAGGCCUCUGAGCUGUCCUCUCUGAAGCCCCAGCUUGAGGAGCUCGGGGUCCCUCUCUAUGCCGUUGUGAAGGAGAACAUCGACACAGAGAUCCAGGACUUCAGACCGCACUUCGCUGGGGACAUCUUUCUGGAUGAGAAGAAAUCGUUCUAUGGCCAGGAGCCGAGGAGGAUGGGUGGAAUGGGCAUGUUGCGUUUGGGGGUGUUGCAGAACUUCAAGCGAGCCUGGAGUGCGGGUUACAAGGGCAACAUGAAGGGAGAGGGCUUCAUCUUGGGUGGAGUGUACGUCAUAGGAUCAGGAAAGCAGGGCAUACUUCUGGAACACCAGGAGAAGGAGUUUGGGGAUAAGGUCGACAUUGCUUCUGUCUUAGAGGCAGCUAAGAAAGUUGUGGUCGAGAAAUAGAGUAAAGUAUGGAGCCCAGGAGUAUUUAUGAACAAAAAACAAGAUAGCUAGGAUGAACAAAUUUAGUUAAGUUGACCUGUUUAAUGAAGGAAAGUUUUCUUAUCUGAUUUUGGAGGGAAAAUAUGCACUCAGCGAUCCACGUAUGUGACUGCAUACAACACACAGUAUAUGCACAUUAUUUAAUCUUCACAUGAUGUUUACCUCCAUGCUUAAGUCCUACCUGUUGACACCAUAUGAAGAAAAAGUUAUGAAGCCAAAGGAACCACUGUGUCAUCUACUGUGUACAUGUAUGCCCUUGUAUGUUGAAACAUGCACUUGCUAAGGUAUUGUUCAGUAAAGGAAGUCAGUCAUGCAGUUUGUCACCCAUUGCUGUUUCCCUUUUGGCUUAAAUAGCUAUUGGUGACACGACCACAUGAUUCCCUGUCCCGUAGACUUGAUUGUAUUUUAUGAGCCAAUCGCAACCAUGCGCUGUUUCCUCCUUGGACCUGCACUCCUGUGCGACUGCGCUGCUGCCGCUGUGCUGUUGGGCCUCGCCCAGCUGUGUGAUAAUGAUAGCUUGCCUGGAAACUCCAGCAGGAGGGGGCUGGUUUGAGAACCGACACAGCUGGGCACAUCUCCUCAGCACGCUGGCGCCACCGCAUUUGCCAGGUCUGUGACAGGUGUGUGUGAACACUACUACUCAACAAUAAAAACAGACCUCAGUAAA